AUGACGCACGGCAAAAUGGUGGUGAGCGCAAGGCAGGUCCCUCGGGACAACGAGAAGUUUCUGAAAGAAAACGCCACGAUGGACGAACUACGACUUGAAUCAGCACUUGGUCAUAAGCAAGAGCUGACGAGAAAUUUUAGCUUGUGGAGUUUGACCAGUUUGGGAAUUAUCAUUGCUAACUCCUGGGCUUCAACAGGAGGAACAAUCGUUGCUGCUCUCAAAAAUGGCGGUCCGAUGGCUGUUCUAUAUGGAUUGAUUUUGGUCAGCAUCUUCUACACAGCUAUAUCCGCUUCUCUCGCCGAACUCGCCUCAUCCAUGCCCUCAGCGGGCGGCGUAUACUAUUGGUCAUCGGUUGUCAGCCGAAACAAAGGCCGAAAGGUGGGCUUCUUUACCGGAUAUCUCAACGCCUGCGCAUGGUUGCUGUCUGCGUCAUCAAUGAGCUCUAUGUUAGGGAAUGAGGGCGUCGCGAUGUACUUGCUCAAGCACCCGAAUAUUGAGUGGCACCCCUGGCAGGUAUUUGUAGUAUUCCAAAUCGUCAAUUGGAUGUGCUGUGCUAUUGUCUGCUUUGGCAAUCGAUUAAUUCCGCUCAUCAACCGCAUUUCUCUCAUUUUGUCUAUGUGUGGCCUAGUCACUACUGUGAUAGUUCUUGCGGUAAUGCCGAAGAAGCACGCUAGCAACGCUCAAGUGUGGACUGAGUAUCACAAUAAGACAGGCGGAUGGUCCGACGGGGUCUGUUUUAUGACUGGUCUGUUAAACGCAGCAUUUGCAGUCGGUGUGCCGGACUGCAUCAGUCAUCUUUCGGAAGAAGUACCCAAACCCGAGAUCAAAGUCCCACAAGGCAUCAUGCUCCAAAUGCUCACGUCCUUCAUUACCUCAUUUGUCUACCUGAUCGCCCUUUUUUACUCCAUUCAAGAUCUUGACGCCGUCUUUGCGAGCACAAUUGGAUUCUUCCCAACAGCCGAGAUCUACCGACAAGCAACCGGCUCCAAUGCAGGUGCUAUCGGCCUUAUUGCAGUCCUCUUCCUCGCAACUUUCCCAACAUUAAUCGGCACAUUCAUGACCGGCGGUAGAAUGUGGUGGAGUUUAGCACGCGACAAUGCGACACCAUUCGCAAGCUAUUUCGCUGAGGUUCACCCGACACUGAACUGCCCCGUGCGUGCAACAGUUGCUAUGAGUGCGCUAGUCACUUGCCUGGGGUGUAUAUACAUCGGUAGCACGACUGCAUUCCAAGCACUCAUUUCUUCGUUCAUUGUGCUGAGCUCGCUGUCUUAUUUCGGAGCUAUAUUCCCGCAUGUCCUGUCCGGCCGCCAGAAUAUGGUCCCCGGGCCAUUUUAUAUGGGACAAAGACUUGGCAUGAUGGUCAAUAUCAUUUCACUGAUUUACAUUUCGGUGACUGUUGUUUUCUUCUGCUUCCCCUUCGUGUUACCGACUACGGUGCAGAACAUGAAUUACACAAGUGUCAUCAUUGUGGGCUUGAUGGCAAUCACUGCCUUCUGGUGGGUGUUCCGUGGGCGACGUCAGUACCACGGUCCUCAUUACAGCUUUGAAGCUGCUGAGCGUUUGGCGGCUUUCCAGGAAGGCAAACAGGGUCGUCGCUCUUUUAUUGACGUCGUGGGCGACUCGUGUAUUGCCGGUGUUGAGCAUGGGAAUUUGUGA